AAGACGAGACGAGGUAGUAGUAGCCAGUGUAUGUUGUACGGUGGUGGUGUGUGAUCGCGGGUAGCUUUUAACAGGGACAAGCUAUCUAUCUUGCAGCUAAUAGCUUCCUUCUUUUUCUCGCCCUCUCAGCGCUCUCUUUCCUUGACCAACCCCGCUUUGUUUGUUGUUCCCCUCUCCGAUCCCUGUCGUCGAUCGCCGUCUCCCUCCCCCCUCUCUUUAUUUCUCUCACUUCGUCGUCAUCGUCGUCGUCUUCUUUUAAUUAACCCUGCUGCAGCACUCCUCCUCUCUCCGGCCGAGCCGCCCGGCGUUAGCUAUUUGCUAGCUUUGUUUAAUUGCCUGCUGUACUCCUCAUGGAGAUGCCGUUCUAGAGUUACUGGUGGUAGUCGUCGCGCGCGCGCUUCGUUGUUGUGGAUCGAGAAGGAAGCAGCAGCUAAUAAAGGUUGGUUGCUAUGACGUGGUGCAAUGGUUUCAACGACGUGCGCGCCGCCGUGGAGAGCAGCCUGUCUCCGGCCGCCGCCGCCGUGGGCAAGAAGGCGGCGGCGUCGCUCGCCGUCCUCGUCAAGAUGUGCCCCUCGUGCGGCCACCGCGCGCAGUAUGAGCAGGAGAGCACGACGAUCCAGGACUUGCCGGGGCUGCCGGCCGGCGUGAAGUUUGACCCGACGGACCAGGAGCUGCUGGAGCACUUGGAGGGGAAGGCGAGGCCCGACACCCGGAAGCUCCACCCUCUCGUCGACGAGUUCAUCCCCACCAUCGACGGCGAGAACGGCAUCUGCUACACGCACCCGGAAAAUCUCCCUGGUGUGAGCAAGGACGGGCUUGUCCGGCACUUCUUCCACCGGCCGUCCAGGGCGUACACGACGGGGACGAGGAAGCGGCGGAAGGUGCACAGCGGCGACGGCGACGACGGCGGCGGGGAGACGCGGUGGCACAAGACGGGCAAGACGAGGCCGGUGCUGUCCAACGGCAGGCCGCGCGGGUACAAGAAGAUCCUGGUGCUCUACACCAACUACGGCAAGCAGCGCAAGCCCGAGAAGACCAACUGGGUGAUGCACCAGUACCACCUCGGCUCCGACGAGGAGGAGCGCGACGGCGAGCUCGUCGUCUCUAAGGUCUUCUUCCAGACGCAGCCCAGGCAGUGCGGCUCCGCCAUGGCCAGGCAGGAAGCCGGCGUCGUCCCUGCCGCCGCCUUCACCGGCAGCAGCGACGCGCUUAUUGCCGUCGGUCAUCACCAGGGUGGUGGCGGUGGCGGCGGCCUCAGGGAAGCAAACGGCGGCGUUGAUCAGUUCUACAGCCCAGGAGCAAUGAUGGGGUAUGGCCAGGGCGUCCCAGCAGGUAACAGGGCACCUCCUGCCCCUGCUGCUGCUCCCCAUUUCAUGCCUAACUUUGCUGUGCAUGCAGCAAGAGCUAGCUUUGGCCCUUGAAUCGUGUCCAGGACAAGAGAUUUAUACACAGCUAUCAUAUUUACCGGCUAAAUAGACAUUUAGGAGCAGGUCAUCAUGUCAUCAAGUUGUGCUGGGACUGUAUAAAAAUACCAUGUUCUUGCCCUCUUAA